AUGGUGCUAAACGACCAGCCUAAGAAGUUCGAGGGACACAUCCCCCUCGACUUCGUCACCGAAAACCCCAAUGUCCGCAGGAUCGACCCCACAGCUAGGAGGCCCAACUUGAUCAUGUUUAUGCCGGACCAGCUCCGAUAUGACUGCCUGGGAUUCACUGGUAAUAACGUUAUAAAGACGCCCAACCUGGACGCCUUUGCUAAGAAGUCAACAACCUUUACCAACUGCUAUGCACAAGCUAGUGUUUGUGCCCAGUCACGCUGCUCCAUGUUCUUGGGCCAGUAUCCACACAUCUCUGCCCAUCGGUCACUGGAUACCCUCAUUCAGCUGUGGGAAAGUGAUAUGUUCAAGGGUUUGAAGGAGAGCGGCUACCAUGUGGCACACCUUACCCCUCGUGGACACAUGUACGCGGACGCCGAAGUCACGGCCCAGCGCGUCCACGAGUACGGCUUCUUGGUCGAGCCAGAGGCUGACAUGUGGCGCGCCGGUAAGAAGAUGUCUGAGGUUGAUCUCGCUUGGGCUCGUCUUUUCUAUCUCGGAGAGCGUGAAGAGGAUGAUUCGUUUGACUUUGACGAGGCUGCCACUCGUGGCGCUCUGGAAUGGUUACAGAACCCCCCACAAGAACCCUGGUGCUUGUUCCUACCUCUGAUCUGGCCGCACUGUCCCUUUGAGGUUGAAGAGCCCUGGUUCUCUAUGUACGAUCGCUCCCAAAUGCCCGAGCCCGUCUCCGUGGAAUCCAAGACCGGCUUUGAGCCUGCGUACAUGAAGGCUAUUAGGGAGGAGUAUAACAUCCAGAGCACAACGAAGGAGAAGUGGCGAGAGAUUGCUGCCACAUAUUAUGGCAUGAUAAGCCGCUUGGAUGAUCAAUUCGGGCGCAUUAUGAGAGUGGUUGAUGAGAAGGGGUUGUGGGAUAAUACGGUUACCUUGCUCUUCACGGACCACGGCGAGUAUCUUGGGGAUCAUGGAUUGAUCGAGAAAUGGCCUUCGGGACUGAGUGACUCUCUCGUCAAGGAACCUCUGAUCAUUGGCGGCGGCGGUGUGCCUGAAGGCGUCGUUGUGGAGGACAUGACCGAGAUGGUGGACAUGUUGCCUACAGUCUUCGAGCUCUGCAAUGUCCCUGAGACUUUCCCCCACAAUGGAAUCUCCCUUGUGCCACUUAUGAAUCAGCAGCCCGGCUAUAAGCACAAGGAGUACGCAUUUUCCGAAGGUGGUUUCCUGCUAUCCGAGGAGUGGCUUUUAGAGAGGCCUCGUUUUCCCUACGAUAUUAAGGGCAAACUUCAACAUGAACAAACGCAGAUUGUUGGCAAGGCGACGUCGUGUAGGGAUCACGAUUUCACUUACGUCUACAGAUUGUACGAGCAGGCCGAGCUUUACGAGCGCCGGAAUGACCCUGGUGAGAGACAUAACUUGUCCGGAAAGCCCGAGUGGGCCCAUAUAGAGGCCAAGUAUCAAUCCGUGGUUUUUAGGUGGCUGGUUGAAACUACAGAUCUGAUGUCCUGGAAGCAUGACUUUUUCUUCGGCCCUAACGCCAAGAUCGACGGCCCUACACCUAGAGAACUGUUGACCAAGAGGAAACAGGGUGAUGACAGGCCCGAUCACCCCUUCAGAAUGUAA